UGUGACUAAUAGGUUAUUCGUGGAAAUAAAACCAAACAAGUUAAUUGAACAGAUAAUUUCUUAUUAGAAUUGAACUAUAACCUUCUGAUGUACUGGAUAAUAUUUCUCUUAUUCUGAGAGAACUCUUCCUCGAAUACACCGUUUUUAACAUAUCGAAAUAAUGUUUGGUUUACUUCUGCUCUUCGCAGUUUGUUCAAUUGGGAAUGCAACACAUUUUAUUACUAAAGUGAAUGAAACUGUUCAUCACAAUGUCGUUUUGAAGAAUAACGAGGCGUGGAAUCCUGAAAUGUAUGCUAAAAAAAUAAUUUUCAGAAAUUUAACAGGAGAGAUCACUCCCAAAAGUUUUUCAUUACUCACAAAAGUGGAGGAAAUUUACUUCGCUCAUAGCAGUAUAUCCAAUAUACAUCAUAAUGCAUUUGGAUCGAAUCCAAGAUUGAAAACUCUUCAAUUUUCAUACAAUGAAUAUCUUCCAGAAAUUACCAAUGAAGUCUUGAGAAAUUGCAGAAAUUUGAGGAAAUUCAGUAUGGGUCAUAACAAGAAAAUUGAGGGAAUCAGCGACUACUUAUUCAGCAACCUACAUAACCUAACCCAUGUUGAAAUAACGAAGGAAAACAAGCUGCCAAAACGAAUAACAAAAGCUUUCUUCAAUAAUUCAAAGUCAUUGGAAUCGGUUAAACUACACUUUUCCAAUAUCACAGCUAUUGAUUCUGAUGCUUUCGAAAAUUUAGACAGACUUCAGUUUCUAAGUUUGGUGGAAAACGAAAUAGUUGAAAUAGGGGCAGGUGCUUUUAAAAGUCCGAAUUUGAUUCAAAUCUACCUGGGAUGGAACAAACUGACGUCUUUCACUGGAGAGGAACUAUCAUCAUUGAGGAAUUUGAGGACACUAGAUAUUUCUUUCAAUCCACUGAAGAGAAUAGACCUGGAACAAAUAACACAUGCCGCUCCAAAAUUGAAAAAUUUGCUCCUCAUGAGAACUAGUCUAAAUUGUGAUGAAAAGAGAAGUAUAAAAAUGAAAGAGAGUACAUAUCUUGCGAUAGGAAUGGAUUUAAUGGAGUUAGAGAAAUGUGAUGCACGAAGAUAAUUACCGCCUCUAUCACAAAGAGGACAUACCAAUACUUUCUAACUCAAUUCAUCAAUUCCCCAUACGUUAAUUAAAAAUUGAACAUGAACAUACAGGCUGUUUGAACUUAAAUGUCAAAGUCAGCCAUGACAAAAACCUCAAAAUAUUUUUUUUUCAAAUGAGUACCCAUUUUUUUUUAUUGGUGCUGAGGAAUCAGGCUUGCUGUAAGCGGGCGUGCAUUACACGAGGGCGGCACGUCCAGGGGGGCGGCAAAUCGAGUGAUUGAUAAGUUUAUACAAUAUCGCACGGCUGAACAUUUUUGAAAUUGUGUUAGCAGAAGCUCCAAAGUGGCUCGCGAAAUCAACGUAGAAACAGAUUUUCCACCAAUUAACACAAUCCGAUCAAGAAGGAAACCAAAACAAUUUCAAUAUAUGAAUAGAGUGAUGAAGUUUUAGUAGAUCCAAAAACCAAACACA